AUGAAUGUGAAAUACAGUCUUCUAGGGAGAAGGUUCUCCCUCGGAUUCAUUCUCCAGAGUAGCAAUCGGGGCCUUUGGCGGCUGUUCAGUUCAACGAAUGAGAGUCUCUCCACCGUUACUGAGCUCAUAUCAAAGCAACAUUGGUCAAGUUUGAAACUUUAUCUCCGAGACUCGGAUCCCAAUGCGGUCCUUCGUGAUUUACUCGAUUCUGGAGCUAAACCUGAGCUAAUUCUCAGCUACUUCACUUGGUCGAGGAAAGAGCUAAAGCUGGCACACUCCUUGGAAGUCACUUUCAGGCUCUUGCAUUCACUUGCUUAUGCACAGAACUAUCCGAAGAUCAGGUCUUUUCUGCACAACUUUGUUAAGAAGGAGAAAUGUUCUGUUUCUUCUAUUCUUCAUUCGGUUUCAAUUUGCAGCGGUUCGUUUCAGGUCAAUUCUGUGAUAGUCGAUAUGUUGGUAUUGGCAUAUGUGCAAAACUUGAAAAGCCGAUUGGGAUUUGAAGCUUUUAAGAGAGCUGGUGAUUAUGGGUUUACAUUAUCGGUUGUAUCUUGUAACCCCUUGUUGAAUGCUCUGGUCAAGGAUGGUGAAGUUAACCGUGUAGAGUUUGUGUACAAGGAAAUGGUUACGAGAAGGAUUAAGCUGAACCUGGUUAGCUAUAAUACUGUGAUUAACGGUUUCUGUAAAGUAGGGAAGUUAAACAAGGCUCGUGAUGUCAUUGAGGACAUGAAAGCUGUGGGUGUUUCCCCGAACGUGGUUACUUACAAUACUCUCAUUGAUGGAUAUUGUAAGAUGGGAAGAAUUGGGAAAAUGUAUAAAGCAGAUGCCAUCUUGAAAGAGAUGAUAGCAAAUGGGAUUCCCUCAAACGAGGUUACGUACAAUAUUCUAAUUAAUGGGUUUUGUAAGGAUGAUAAUGUGUCAGCUGGCGUGCAGGUGUUUGCUGAAAUGGUAAGGCAAGGCUUGAAACCAAAUGCGAUUACCUACGGUGCCUUGAUCAAUGGUUUAUGUGGUGGUGGGAAAGUGGGCGAGGCUCUUGGUUUAUGGGAGCAAAUGGUUGGUUCAGGUGUAAAGCCAACUAUUGUUACUCAUAAUGUACUAAUAAAGGGUCUUUGCAAGAACAAGAUGCUGAAAGAAGCAAAUGAAUUGUUUGAUCACAUAGAAAAACAAGGAAUAGCUCCUAACGUGACUACUUAUAACACGAUGAUCGAUGCUUAUUGCAAGGGUGGGGAGAUGGAGCAGGCAUUUUUCUUUCGUGACUCCAUGGUGAAGAAGAUGGUUUCCCCUACUGUUUCAACUUACAAUUGCUUGAUUUCUGGUUUGUGUAGAGAAGGGAAAACAGUGGAAGUGAAAAGUGUUUUGGCAGAAAUGAAUCAUAGAAACUUGAGGCCUGAUGUUGUUACAUAUAACAUACAAAUAGAUUCAUUCUGCAAGAAAGGAGAGUCAAGAAAGGCAGGACAUCUCUUGGAUGAGAUGGUCAGGAAAGGAGUGAGUUCAAGCCAUGUGACAUUUAACACAUUGAUGGAUGGCUACUGUCGUGAGGGAAAUCUACGAGCAGCACUGAAGGUGAGAGAACGUAUGGAGGAGGAAGGGAAGAAGGCAAAUAUUGCCACCUACAAUGUCCUUAUAAAGGGGUUUUCCAGGAAGGGUAAGCUGGAAUAUGCCAAUGAACUUCUUAAUGAGAUGUUGGAGAAGGGGUUGGUGCCAAAUUACGUAACCUAUGAGAUUGUUAAGGAAGAAAUGGUGGAUAAAGGCUUUGUUCCCAGCAUUGAAGGACAUCUAUUUAAUGUCCCAUGA